AUGAACGCCAACAGUUUCUGGGGUACGAUAGACCAGCUGCUUGGGCGGGAGGUUCAGAAGCAGAGUGGCCAGGAUUCGCUGAAGGUGGCCGGAUGGUUGACAGCCUACGCUGGCGUUCGCAAAACAGUUGGCCAAGGGGACGACGGCAAUGGAUUCAAUAACGACGGCUUCAACGGACUCUCCGAACGGACUGCAAGCUUACCAUCGAUUUUCCCUUCCGGCGAUCAGCUGAUUCGUCCGGAUCAGGACGAUCUCAACGGUGACCCGACGGGACUGACGACGACCGGUGGAGCGAAUGGGGGACGCCGCAGAAGAGGGCGGUUCCGAAAGUCCAAGCUCAAGCAACUGUACGAUGUGGAGGUGCUGCCGGUGGAGUACCUAGGACCAAAGAUUGAGUACAGGAGCCAUCGAGAAUGGCAACGCCAGAAACAGUUGAUCCUGGACGGAAGGUAUUGCCUUGAGAACUGUCCCAAAUCCCUGGUCCCGCUCCAUAGCAUUGUGCUGGCCAAAGAGCUGGAGCGAGAGCGCAAUCUGAUCCUUUCGGGAGCGGGCGACAGCAUUCCGGAGGAGAUGACCAGCUCGGUGUUUCUGGUGAACCAAAAGACCAACGUCAACAUCCUGAACAAACGUGAAAAGUUGAAAACGAUUCGUGAGAAAAACGCCGAACGGCUGAUCAAACAGGGCCACCGGUGGGAACGUGAACGGCUGCAGAUGGAGGACCAGAGCCGGGAUCGGGAAAUCGAGCAGCGCACGAAGCGCGAAGCGUUGCUGGAACAGGAAAAGUUGUACAUGAUCGAGGAAAACGAUCGCUCGUUGAAUCUGCUGCGCAUGAAGACGAAGAAGGGCCCGUCCCGGGACUUGAACCUGCGGUCGCUGCUGAUGCAGCAACGGGAGGAACUGGGGCGCACCAUACAGAAGCGGGACUUUGACGUGCCGGACGAGCGCUGUGGCCUUGGUACGGAGGUCGAGGGCAGCAAGGCCGAGCGGCGUCGGAACCGGCGCAACCAAAGGCAGCACCAGAUGCAGCGUCAGCAUGAGGUGAACGAGUUCCAGGAGUCGUCGUCACCCGAGGAGGGCUACAUUUCGAUGAACCACCCGGACUCGCCGGAGGAUUUGGAAACUUCACUGGCGGCCAAGGGAGAGAAGGGUAGCAAGGAUUCGGGCGAUGAGUCGGAAGUGGACCAAGAUUCGGAUAACGUGCCCGCCGGGGUUGAAGAACCGCCGCGUGAUCCAGGCGAAGCGGAUCCUGAGGCAGACGCCGCGAAGGAGGAACUGUUGGCGCUUGAACAGCAGCAGGAACUGCUGGAUGCCGAAGCGGAAGCCGCCGAAGAGGCACGAUUGCGCGAGGAGCUCGACAAGUCGCUGAUGGAAAAGAAAAAGGCCCGCCAGGUGCGGAACGAGGAUCCGAAGAUAACGAAACUGAAGGAAGCGGACACUGUGGCGGACAUUUAUAACGUGGCGGACGAAAUAAUCGUGCUGGAAAAGAAGAAAACCAAGAAAGGAUUUGGCAAGUGAGCGAUCUGAUCGCGACAACCGUAGAAGGCCCACCGAUCGAAAUUUGAAGUCCAAAGGUGGCAAACGCUGCACAAGGUGCAAGGAAGUAUGACGAAUUUUGUCUGUGAUCCGGUUGACCAUUAACUUUUGUAGUGUUUCUUUCGGUUUCGACUACCCGGUUUCUCCGUAGUGAAAGAUGUUGCUAGUGCAUGUACGUGAGUGCACCAUUG